UCGUGCAAAGACUGCGAUCUGACAGUCUUUUCGAUGCAACCACCGGCGUUGAUCGCCUUGCGCGCGUUGGCGCCAGCAUCCAAUGACAGUGCUGGGUACCGCGUCCGUAGUCUGCACCAAAAUACCGACUACUGCCGCGUCUUUCACGGUACCAUUCACACGCUCUGGCCGCCUUCCAACUACACCAUUUGCGUCCUGCCGGUCGACACGGACGUCAUGAGCAUGCCAAACAUCGCCGACAAGAACAAUCACAUCUACCCGUACCUUGCGAUCGGCGUCGUAGCGCUUCUACUCAUUGCUGUUGGGACAUAUUACCAUGGGAAGCGCGUCGCCAAGACGGACCGCGCCGCCGACGACGACUACCUCGUCUCGUCGCUGUCGGCCAAAGAGCUCGAGACGCUCCAGAUGCUGCAGCUCGACGCGUCAAGCCUCGUGGUGUCGGACGCCAAGCCGAUCGCAUCUGGCGCGUUUGGCGACGUGUGGCGCGCCACGUACCUCGCCACCAACGCCACCGUGGUCAUCAAGCGCAACAAAGACCGCCGACCCGAAGCCAUCCACGCCUUCAUCCAAGAGAUUCUGCUUCUCGCCAAGCUCCAGAGCCCAUACAUUGUGACGCUUGUCGGCGUGACGUGGCGCCGGCUCCUCGACAUCGAAGCGGUGCUGGAGCACAUGCAAGCGGGCGACCUCCUGAGCUACCUCGCGAUUUCCAGUCGAGACGCGAUCCCGUGGGCCGAGAAGGCGCUGCUGCUGCAGAGCAUCGUGUACGGCCUCGUGUUUCUCCAUACGUUCAGCCCUGUCGUGAUCCACCGCGACCUCAAGUCCCGCAACGUCUUGUUGGACGACACAUGCGGCGCCAAGUUGACCGACUUUGGCGUCUCGCGCGAGCUCUGCGACGCGCGCACGCUGACUUCGGGUAUCGGCACGUUCCAGUGGAUGGCGCCCGAAGUCAUCAACGGCUCGUCGUACAGCGAGGCCGCCGACAUUUACUCGUUUGGAGUGAUUGUGUCCGAGAUGAGUACACACGAGGUGCCGUACACCCAGCGAUACUUUGCGUCGCAGAGUGCGCAGAGUCUCUUGACCAAAAUCGCGAGCGGCGACCUGCGACCGGACUUUGAUGCGACGUCGCCGCGCUGGGUCCACGAAGUCGGUGUCCGCUGCUUGGCGUGGGACCCGAGUCUGCGACCGACCACAUUGGAGCUCACAGUGUUGGUGCGGCAGUUUGUCGAUAGCUUGAUCGAUGCCGAUACUUUGUACUAGGAUCCAUUGACUUCUAAUGCUCUAGUAUACACUUCAAUAAAUCUACUCGGUAAUCGCGA